UUAGUAAAAGUGUGGUUAUGAGUCUCUGUUUCGUGUAAAAAAAAAUAAUCCGAUGCUAUACAAGAAGCCUUUGUAAUAAAACUGUUCAACACAGGUCAUAAAGUGACUUUGUUACCCCACAUUAUCGAAAUAGAAGCGGAACUUUUGAAGCCGGUUUGCUUGGGAAGAUUUUGACCCGAACACUACCUUACUCAGGCUGAUGCAAGCUGUCCAGUAGUAUCCGUGUGAAGAUUGUGCGUGUGAAGAAGAUGACAGACUGUCAGGGAGACAGGGAAGGGACGGAUAGUCCAAUGGAGCUCUAUGAAAGACUGAAUCUUCAAGGAGACAACGUCAGGGCCUUGAAAACAGCCAAAGCUGACAAGGCUGAUCUCGAUGCUGCUGUCCAGUUGCUGCUAAAGUUGAAAGUGGAUUACAAACAGAUGACAGGUCAGGAUUACAAAGCAGGAUGUCCACCCUCGGAAAACACUGCUGUCCCCAACAAUGGGCCAGCAGCAGAUUGUGCUGAUGGCGAAGACUCAGUUGACCCAUGGAACGUCUCUACCACUAAUGCCAAGGGGGUAGAUUACGACAAACUCAUUGUGAGGUUUGGCAGCAGUAAAGUAGAAAAAGAACUGGUGGACAGAAUAGAGAAAGUCUCGGGACAGAAACCGCACCGCUUUCUAAGAAGAGGAAUCUUCUUCUCACACAGAGAUAUGAAUCAGGUCCUGGAUGCAUAUGAGAAACACAAGUCCUUCUACCUUUACACUGGCAGAGGUCCAUCCUCCGAGGCCAUGCAUGUUGGCCACCUUAUUCCCUUCAUUUUCACGAAGUGGCUUCAGGAUGUGUUUGACAUUCCCCUGGUAAUCCAGCUAACUGAUGAUGAAAAGUAUCUGUGGAAGGAUCUAACAGUGGAAGAGUGUCACCGCUUUGCAGUGGAAAAUGCCAAGGACAUAAUUGCCUGUGGCUUUGAUGUCAACAAGACAUUCAUUUUUUCAGACCUCGACUACAUGGGUGCAUCCCCAGACUUCUACAGGAAUGUGGUUAAGAUCCAGAAGCAUGUUACAUUUAACCAGGUCAAAGGCAUCUUUGGCUUCACAGACAGUGACUGCAUUGGAAAGAUCAGCUUCCCAGCCAUCCAGGCAGCCCCAUCCUUCAGUAACUCGUUCCCACAGAUCUUUGGAGGCAGAAAGGACAUACAAUGUCUUAUCCCCUGUGCUAUAGACCAGGACCCCUACUUCAGGAUGACCCGUGACGUAGCUCCAAGGAUCGGCUAUCCCAAACCAGCAUUGCUGCACUCAACCUUCUUCCCUGCCCUGCAGGGGGCACAGACGAAGAUGAGUGCCAGUGACGCCAAUUCGUCCAUCUUCCUCACAGACACACCCAAGCAGAUCAAAAACAAGAUCAACAAACACGCAUUUUCUGGAGGAAAAGACACAGUGGAAGAGCACAGGAAGCACGGUGGAAACGCAGAUGUCGACGUUUCCUUCAUGUACUUGACCUUUUUCCUGGAAGAUGAUGAGCAGCUGGAGAAGAUCAGACAGGACUACACAAGUGGAGCUCUUCUCACAGGAGAACUGAAGAAGAUUUUGAUUGAAACGCUGCAGCCAAUGAUUUCCCAGCAUCAAGAGAGACGCAAACAAGUCACAGAUGAGACAAUCAAGCAGUUUAUGACUCCAAGACCUUUAAAUUUUAACAACUAGCCCAUCUGAGAUGUCAUUAUCUCGUUCUCGAGACAAGAACAAAUAAGUUAUCCAUCUUUUUUUAUUUAAAAUCUACAUCAUUACUAAUUAAAAGAAGAUGGACAUUUUCCUCAAACAGUUUGCACCAGAAUUAGAGACAAAUGUAAUCAUGAGUAACUAGAGAUGAUGGAUGCCUUUUUGUGUCAAAACUAAGCAUGGCAUUGGUCAAAGUUUUCUGCUUACUUGUCAUGCCACUUGUUAAAUGUGUAAAUUUCUCUUCAUGGAGUGUUUAAAUGUUCAGUGCUGCUGUAAUAUCUCUUAAGACCCACUCUUUUCCCUGGAGAAGCCAGUAAGAGGAAGUACAAAUUAAGAGAAAGUGAAGUACAAAUAUGUGUUAAGCGAUUAAUAAUAACACAUCUGCACACCCAUUGUACAGACUGUUGGAUCAGAAAUCCUCCUUUACUGACAAUAACUGUCGUCAACUGUAAUUUGUAUUUCUUUAUCUGUUUACACAGAAGGAACCAAAGCAAAUGUACUUGUCAAAAAAAGAGAUGUGAGUCAAAUCUUGUCACUCAGCAUGGUCUGAUCAGGAACAUUAAACAACACUUCAGUAACAGAAA